AUGUUACGAAAUCUACUGUUGAUUCUUUUAUUCAGUACUUAUUUUGUAGCGACGUUGGGUGAAAGAACAGGUCAGAAUGGUGACGAUGGUAGGAAGACUUACAUUGUGUAUAUGGGAGAACUGCCAGGACCUGAAAUUUCCGCCAUGAGCGGACACCAUAACCUGCUCGCAGAAGCGAUUGGAGAUGUCAAAGUAGCCAGAGAAUCAAUAAUUCAUAGUUAUGGAAGGACUUUCAAUGGCUUCGUAGCAAGAUUGUUGCCGCAUGAAGCACAGGCGCUCUCAGAUGAUGAUAGUGUUGUGUCAGUGUUCCCAAACACCGUGCGCAAACUUCAUACAACAAGGUCAUGGGAUUUCCUAGAGUUGCCUUUGAAAUCAAAGAAAAGGAACUCUCAAAUAGAAAGCAAUACCAUAGUGGGUGUGUUGGAUACAGGAAUUUACAUGCAGGCUCCCAGUUUCAACGAUAAAGGCUACGGGCCACCCCCAACUAAAUGGAAGGGCAAAUGUAUGAAGGGUGCAAACUUUACAGGCUGCAACAACAAGGUAAUUGGUGCCAAAUAUUUUAAACUGGAAACUGGUCGUCCUUAUUGGGGCACCCACAGUCCAGUCGACGAUGACGGCCAUGGCACUCACACUUCGUCCAUCAUUGCUGGUGCAGCCGUCAAAGGUGCCAGCGUAUAUGGCGUUGCAAAGGGGACUGCACGAGGGGGCGUGUCGUUGUCACGCAUCGCGGUGUACAAAGUGUGCUGGAUCACUACUGGCUGCCUUGAUGUGGAUAUUUUGGCCGCGUUUGAUGAGGCCAUUGCCGACGGGGUGGACUUAAUAUCAGUCUCUCUAGGCGGUCACUCGCGGAGUUUUUUGGACAAUCCCAUUGCCAUUGGAUCAUUUCAUGCCAUGAAAAAAGGGAUUUUUGUGUCGUGCGCAGCAGGGAAUGAAGGGCUUCUGGCCAGUGUGGAAAACGUAGCACCAUGGGUUAUGACAGUAGCUGCUAAUACCAUUGAUAGGCAGUUACAGACUGUAGUAAAAUUGGGAAAUGGCCAAAGGAUAUCGGGAAAUUCACUCAACACCUAUUCGCCGAAGAAACUAAUGUAUCCUCUUAUAAGCGGAACCCUUGCAGCCAACUUAUCAAAUGAUGAAAAUGAUAACGGCAGUGCUUGUGAUGCUUGGGCUCUAGACGCUAACAAGGUGGUGGGGAGGAUUGUGUACUGCCAAGGGUUUGGUACUCAGGAUUCCACUAUGCAAAAGUUAAGGAGUGCUGGAACCCUAAUGACACGUUAUGAACUUGAUGAUUACGCUUAUAGCCCUAUAAUCCCCGGUACCGAAAUCCUUGUACAAGAUGGGAUCAAGAUCGAGAAGUACAUCAACUCUACCAAAAACCCUACGGCUGUCAUAUACAAGACCAGAACUCCUAGUACGACCGCCCCCAUCGUUGCUUCUUUCUCAUCGAGAGGACCUCAACACAUGCACCCCAACAUCCUCAAGCCUGAUAUUUCUGCACCAGGGGUAAACAUAUUGGCUGCAUAUCCAAAGAUACAAUCCAUAACUGGCUACUCAGACGACCGGCGCCACAAUGUGUUCAAUAUGUUAUCAGGUACGUCCAUGUCUUGCCCUCAUGUAACAGCAGCAGCCGCCUAUGUCAAGUCCUUCCACCCGGACUGGUCACCUGCUGCCAUCAAGUCCGCUCUAAUGACGACCGCCACACCAAUGAAAAAUGAAACAGCGGAUACCCAGCUAGCCACGGGAGCAGGACAAGUAAACCCAAAAAAGGCAGUGCAUCCUGGUCUUGUGUACGACAUUACCCCAGAUGACUACAUUAGUUUCUUGUGCAAAGAAGGUUUCAACGACACAGACAUAGGCAAACUUAUUGGGGAUAAAAAGAAGUACAAAUGCUCAGACUUUAAACAUCCACGAGGCACAGACGGCCUCAACUAUCCUUCCAUGCAUCUUCAGCUUUUCCCGAACGACAAUUAUGGCGUUUCAGCAGUCUUCCAUAGAAGAGUGACGCAUGUAGGGUUCGGUAAUUCCGUGUACAAGGCAAAGGUGACGAAUUUGAAUGGUUUGAGAGUGAAAGUCAUACCGAGUACCUUGACCUUCACUAAGUUGCAUCAGAAAAGGUCGUUUAAGGUUGUGGUGACUGGUCGUCCGGCGAUGAACGAGACAGUUAUGCACGCUUUACUCCAAUGGGAUGACUCUAAACACAACGUUAAGAGCCAUAUCGUAGUCUAUAAGCAUCUGAAUUAG